AUGGCUGGAAGCCUGGCUAUCCCUAUUAUUUGGGCGACCUUUGCAGCUAUUACAGCCUUUUACAACAUUCAUCUUCAUCCGCUCGCCAAAUUCCCAGGCCCUCAAGCUGCGUGCCUGUCGCAGAAGUGGCUGUUAGCGCAGUCCAAGACCGGAAAGGCUGAGGAAGUGUUUGAACGACUUCAUAAGGAAUACGGCACACAAGCCCUCCGUAUUGGCCCGAACGAGCUGCACAUCUCCGACGUUUCCGUUUACAAGACCAUCUACAACCAGACAUCACCCUAUCUAAAGGCUCCGGACUUCUAUGGCGCCUUUGGUACUCCACAUACGCUCUUUGUAGAGGAUGACCCCGCAAUGCACAAGGCGCGGCGCCGCAUGCUCAACCCCUUCUUCUCACGGGGGGGAAUCCUCAAGAUCGAGCCCAUGAUCGUCGCUAAGAUCCAGCGUUUACUUGACCGGCUUGAAACAGUCCGCUCGGCCCAAAGCAUUAACAUAUAUAACGCUAUCCGCUGCGUCACGGUGGACAUCAUCUCCGAAUUUGCUUUCGGCCGCACGCAAGGCCUUACGCAGACAAGCGACGCCAACUUCUACGGGGGCUUCCUAGUCACCUUCGACGCCGUGGCCACCGUGAUUUGGGACCAAGCUUACCGACCGUACCUGCGGAAGAUCCUUGGAGCAAUCCCCAAGGCAAUUACACGACGUCUGAGCAGCGAAGUCGCCAAGAUCCUCGACUUGGCGCUUGAGUCGGAGCAGUCGCUUGCUGCAUAUCGCGCCGCGCUCAAAGAGCGCACGGCGGAUGACUCGGCGCACGCGACCAUCUUCGACGGCCUGCAGGAACUUCCGAGCGAUCAGAUAGUGGCGGAGGGAGUAGACAUUCUCACGGCCGGUUCUGACACGACCGCGCUUUCGGUAACCAUGGGCCUCUGGCACAUCUCGCACAAUGCCAAAGUCAGGGAUAAGCUUGUCGGUGCGCUGGUGGAAGCAAUCCCAGAUCCGACUAGCUUUCCGAGUCUUGUUAAGCUCGAGGAGAUCAGCUAUCUGACAGCGUGUGUCCGCGAGUCCAUCCGCGUCGCCAUGGCCGUGCCGGGACGGCUGCCGCGUGUGGUCCCCGACUACAAGAAGACCAACAGCGCCCCCUUGAUCGUCGAUGGUAUGAUCAUCCCCCCUGGCACUGUUGUCGGCAUGUCGGCGUAUUCGAUGCACAGCAGUGAAGAGCUGUGGGGUCCCGACGCGCGGUCAUUCAACCCCGACCGAUGGCUGGGCGACGGCGGCAAGGCACUCGACCAGCACAUGGUGUCGUUCUCCAAGGGGUUGCGCAGCUGCAUCGGGCAGAACCUCGCGUACGCCGAGGCUACGCUGCUUUUGGCACAUCUUCUCCGGCGGUACGACGUCCGACUUAGUCCCCAAUCGGGAGAUCCGGUGCGCAUGGAUAACUUCACCAACGCUAUUCGAGAACCCGGCGUUUUGAUAGACCUUAGCAAGCACGAUGAUUAA